AAAAAAAAAAAAAAAACCAGGAGAGAAGGAAGAGGAAGGCGAAUUUGCAAAUUACAGCACAGACUCGGAUCAGAUCUAUGAACUAAACCCAGAUUUUUGUCGUUCUUUCAGAUUAUCGGGUCGCUCCCACUUCAUUCUGCUUAAUUCAUCAUCAUCAUCAUCAUCAUUAGACAUAGUAAUUCUACUACUAAUUCCUGAAUUGGAUACCCUUUUUCAAAUAAAAUCGCUUUCACUUACCCCAAUUCCCACAUGACUUCAACCACACUCUCCACCUCUCCACCUCUCCUUCCUACGCCUUCCCUCGAACCUCCUCAACCCCCCAUUCCCGGUCAUCCUUCUUCCUCCGCCCACCCUCUCGAUUUCCCUGAUAUCGACCAAACAGAGUUACUCUCUGUAUCUUGGAACCAGGAUUACGGCUGCUUUGCUGCUGGCACAUCCUGUGGGUUUCGCAUUUAUAAUUGCCAGCCCUUUAAGGAAACCUUCAGACGCGAUCUUAAAACUGGGGGUUUCAAAAUUGUUGAAAUGCUCUUCCGCUGCAACAUUUUGGCACUUGUUGGUGGUGACUCCAAUUCCCACUAUCCUCCAAACAAAGCUAUAAUCUGGGAUGACCAUCAGAGCCGCUGUAUUAGUGAAUUUGCAUUUAGGUCUGACGUUCGUGCUGUCAAAUUGAGACGAGAUCGAAUUGUCGUGGUUCUGGAGCACAAGAUAUAUGUCUACAGUUUUAUGGAUCUCAAGCUUCUUCAUCAAAUUGAGACUCUGGCCAAUCCUAGGGGACUCUGUUGCCUUUCUCACCAUUCAAAUACAUCUGUAUUGGCUUGUCCUGGUCUUCAUCGAGGGCAGGUUCGAGUUGAACACUUUGGCCUUAAUAUGAUGAAACUCAUUAAUGCUCAUGAUUCUCAUAUUGCCUCCUUCACCUUGACAUUCGAUGGUCUACUUCUUGCAACUGCUAGUACCAGGGGCACCUUGAUAAGAAUAUUCAACACAAUGGAUGGAACUCGCUUACAAGAGGUACGAAGAGGAGUGGACAGAGCAGAUAUCUAUAGCAUUGCCUUCUCACCAAAUGUCCGAUGGUUAGUAGUGUCAAGUGAUAAGGGCACUGUUCAUAUAUUUAAUCUUCGUGUUAGAGUUUUUGGGGAGGAUUCAUCUUCUCAACUAUCUUCUGUCCAAAGUCCAGCAUUUUUUCAUCAGAAUUCUUCAACUUCAGUUGAUGCACUUAUCUCUCCAAGCACUGGUGCCAAUCCUGGUUCAUCACUGUCUUUUAUGAGAGGGGUUUUACCUAAAUAUUUUAGCUCGGAAUGGUCAUUUGCUCAGUUUCACUUACCUGAAGAUACCCAAUUUAUUGCAGCAUUUGGAUCUCAAAACACUGUUAUUGUUGUUGGCAUGGAUGGGAGUUUCUACAGAUGCAGUUUUGAUCCUGUGCAUGGAGGAGAGAUGUUGCAGCAGGAAUAUUUCCGAUUUCUGAAAAACGAUAGCCGGCCUAGAUAGAACUGCACUCAAACAUAUGCUUCUGAUCUUUGUAAACAUGGACCACUAAUAUCUAUCACUUGUAAAUAUCUUAAAAUCUUUUAUUGAAUGAUGCUUCUUACUGUAUAUUGUGCAAGAAGUUGCUGUGCCAGGUGCUUUGUGUAUGGUAAUAGAUUGCUGGUAACGGCAUAUAUUACAAUGGAUUAAGUCAGAGCCCAAUUUGCUGGUACAUUCAUUUUGCUGCUGAAACUAUAGCGCUUUCGUUGAGUGUUUCUUUCUGACAGUUUCAAAGCGUCCAGGCUGCAUAAUGCGAUAGGGUUUGUUAUUCCUUGCGCAAUAGCUUAAAGUCAAGUGAGAUACUAACAGCUGCGGGGGUCCUUGUUUUGGAAUUGGAUAUGGAGAUAUAAAAUUCAGUCAUGGGCAACAAGUGAAUUUUCUUUGAUUAGCAAAAUCAAGCAUCAACAGCGAAGCACUUGUAGCGCAAAGCAAGUGAAUCAUACCAAAUUACCAAUGAAUUCGCUAAACUAUGGAGCAUAUUUUUGCUGAGUGAGGAGGGUUCAUAUGGAAUAUUUGCUUACAUACCAAGAAAAGAAACUGAAAGAAUGUGGGGACACCUCCUUGAACACUGAUAAAUGAUAUUUCCUGCGGAAAAAAAGCCGCCUUUAUAUAGAAACAGGUCCAAAGAAUUGGCACCUUUGGUGGUCUUGAUUUCUGCGACUGCCAGGCAUGUGGUUCAGUUUGAAAUUUGCUCAAUCCCUUGGAAUUUCACUGUUCUACAAAAAUAUUGAACAAGUUGAGAGUUCACCUGUUGUACUCCAGUCUAUACCAGGUGAUAACAAAACUGAAAGUAUACAAAGAAAUGCCAUACAUUGACACCCUCCUUAGAACUCCUGUACAUCGUGUUGGAGAAUCUGCUCAUUGAAAUUUUAUGACACGAUAGAUGCAUACAGUUUUGAACAUUAGACGGCAAAGCUUGGAAACUUCUAUUAUUUUCCAUUUCUGUAACAACAACUUAGUUGCAAAAUCACUUGCAUCCUCUUGUACCAAAGACAAUUCUAGAUACGGUUCAAAUACGUCAUAUUGAAAGGAUUCUAAUUUUUGACGCUUGCUAAAUCAUAAUCGCUUAAAGCUUUGAUCUUG